AGCCAUAUGGUGACUUGAGAAACAAACAAAUUAAGUUAGUCCGCAUGGCCGGUCCCCUAGACGCCGCAGUGUUUCACCUCAUGGUCGCAGCUACAGCAGGUCACCACCUCCUUACCGUGCUCGUGAGGAGGUGCCUUAUUCUAAUGGAAAUGGGCUUAGGGAAAGGCACCGAAGCAGAAGUUGAUUUUAAAUUUGGUAACUGCAAUUAAGAGGACAGUGAGAUUUUGUUAAUGUAGUGGUGCUUGGACUUGCAGUAUGUGUCUGUUUUGUUGGGCAACGCCCUGAGUUUCUACUCUUGUAUUUGAUUAGAUACUUUAUUGAUGUCUCAGGUAAUGUUUCUUUUUUCUAUGCAAGAAUGCUUGUAGUCUAGUUGCAUGUCCAUUAAGGUUGUUGCUACUAUUUGUUAGAGAUUCUGAUCUUUCUAAGACAUAUGCUUGGCUACUCUAAAAAAAAUGGAUGUAAGGUAGACAACUUUUUUUGAAAAGUUAGUGUUUUAACUCGUUUAAUAUCUCUGCUUUAGUUUUAUUUCACUGUCAUAUUAUAUUUCUGUUUUUUUCCUUAUCACACUAUCAUUAUAAUUAAUAGUUGUAGAGAAAGUGCAACAUUAAACGGUGCAAACAAAUACAGGCUAAUUUUGGAUAUCAGUUGCACUCAUACAAGAUGACGUUAGCACGCACUAAAGUAACCUGAAUCUUAUUAUAUAUAGCUCUAGCACUCAGUUUCUCUAUCUCUCAUUCACCACUAUCACACUGUCUUAUGUGAAAUUUAAGCCCAUUUUCAGAGUUGGACGUUGGUGUGACCAGUGGUAGUGGUAACCUGUGACACUUACUAAAGAUGAAGAAGAUUGGCAAUGUGGUGCAGGGUUUGAAGCCAAUGAUGCUAAUGGUAGCAGUGCAGGUAUCAUAUGUUGGGGCAAAUGUACUGUACAAGCUGGCCAUAAACGAUGGCAUGAGCUUGAGGGUGGUUAUUGCCUACCGCUAUGUAUUCGCUACAGCUUCUAUAGCUCCACUUGCGCUCAUUCUUGAAAGGAAGAAGAGGUCAAAGAUGACUUGGAAUGUGCUGUUUCAGUUAUUUCUGUGCGCUUUAUUUGGAGGAGUAUUAACUCAAAAUUUCUACUUAGAGUCCCUGGUUUUAACUUCGGUAACGUUUGCAUCCGCCAUGUCCAACCUUGGAUCCGCUAUAACCUUUAUCAUGGCCGCUUCCUUCGGAUUGGAAAAAGUCAAUUUGAAAACGGCAGCAGGUAAAGCUAAGAUAGUGGGUACAGUAACUGGAAUUACUGGGGCAAUGGUACUGACUUUGGUUAAAGGCAUGGAAAUCAAAAUGGGGUCCUCCCACGUACAUCUUUUGCAUCACCAAAACGGUGCGCACCCUCACGCUAAUACCGGUGGUACCGGUAAGAACCUCUUGGGUGCUCUUUUCAACCUAGCCAGUAACAUCGCUUUCUCAUUGUGGCUCAUAAUUCAGAAAAAGAUAACUGACAAGUACCAGAGUCAUUACACAACCACCACGUUGAUAUCGUUUUGGGCAUCAGUGAUAUCCAUUGUGUUUGCUCUUUGCACUGAGAGGGAUUGGAGUCAGUGGAGGCUGGGUUGGAAUGUUAGAUUAUUAACUGUUGCUUAUGCGGGUAUAGUGGUUUCUGGACUGGUGGUGGUUGUACUUUCAUGGUGUAUCCAAAUGAGAGGCCCGUUGUAUGUAUCUGUUUUCAAUCCCCUGGGGCUUGUGAUUUUGGCCUUCGCUUGUUCUCCGCUAUUGAACGAGAACAUAUACCUUGGAAGCAUCAUUGGAGCAGUGUUGAUUGUCUGUGGCUUAUAUGCGGUUAUAUGGGGUAAAAGCAAAGAGAUGAAGAUAAGUCCAUUGGUGUCUUCUAAUGAAUCGGAUACGGUUGAAAUAGUCUUGAGAUCUACAGGACCAGAAGAGAAAAGCAACAAGAAUAUUGGUAUACAAGUGAUUAGGGAUGAUGAAGAUUUACCAGCAGAUGGACAUGAAGAGCUAAGUACUGCACAUGUCCACAAUCAAGAAAAAGAAUAAAGUCUUAGUAAUAUAGUGCCUGAAUAAUUCAACUCUCUAACUUCUGCUGAUAGAGAUUGAUAGUGACACUCAUUCGUGUAUGUAUGUACAUGCAUAAAGUCAAGUGGCUACUUCAUCUAUUUCCACCCAUAAGGCAUAAAUAUAGUUGGCAUUUACUGAUUCACCUGAUUUCA